CCGCCAGUUUCCGAGAAAGUCAUCACACCAACACCUGGUGCAUCUUCUCCGUUGUUGCAAAGUUGGCAACUGUUUCCUGUUGUUCCUUUUACUUGCAAUAGCAACGAUACGACCAUGACGACCUUCACAUCAGUCCGAGCGCUCUUUGCCUUUGUACUGUUGUUCGUCUCAACCAAUGUAGCCGUCAAUGGGGAAAAGGUGAUUCGCAUGUCCUUUCGGUUCGCCUUUGAGGACGAGGGAUUGUUGGCUGCAGAUCGGCGGCCCACCCAAAAAGAAGUCGAAGCCGUAUUAUGCCAGGCAAAUGUAUUCUUCUCCAAGUCGCUGCAGAAGAAAAUGAGCAAUUCCGCUAUUGCUGUAGUUACCAAAGAAGCCGACUUUUCCUUUGGAGACUUUCUCUACGAGGGGGAUAAUAGCGUCCUGGUGGAAAUGCCAGCCAGUAUCAACUUCACAUUGGAAGUCUCUAACAUCGAAGGCGGAACUCCACCGAGCUUGGAUGAUGUAGAAGACUCACUGCCCAGCUUUGAUUACGGCAAUUUCUUGAAAAAGCAUGUCUGGAAAGCAGCUCCAGUCUCCAAGAAUUUCUUCUUUGAAGCACGAGGUGUGGUGUGGCAGUCUGCCAUUGUGGAUCGCGUAGCAGGCGCGAUCCCAGUAGUAGAUUGUCCCAAGGGUGCCAAACCAGAGUCAAUGGCGCAGAAAACAAUAGAAGGAGGGCCACCGAAGGAAGUCUACAAUGGAACAGACUACGCUGCUGCCAAUGGCUUGACACUGAAAAUUGGUUUCUAUGAUACAGGAGAAGAAUCAUCUCGAGCCCCUACCGACAUGGAAUGGGAAGCCCUUGUUUGCGAGGUUGAUCGCUUCCUGAACCAUCAAUUGAAGGAAUCCUUGAAGGACGACUCCAUUGGUUCGUAUGCUACCAUGAUUCACUGGGAGUACUCGCAGGAUGAGUACAUGCCAGCUCAAAUGAACUUUACCUUGGAGGCCUACUUUGGAAAUGGGACACAGGUCUCCAAUCUGGAAAUAUUCAAAGUUCUGGCUUUGACGGAUGUGCAAUCAGCCAAAUUCAUUGGCGACUACGUGGCCAAGUCCUUUCCCGAGAGAUUCAACAUAUUCGCACAAGUUGACAGGUUGGUAUUCAGAGGAGCAUCCAUCCGCGAGUCAGAGCCCGAGACUACACUGGCCAAGGCCAACUGUCCUGUCAUGGUCCGCUCGACGGACUUGGCGAACUUUGAAAUCAAGUUCGAGUUUGAGGACGACAAGAAACGAGAACCCACUCGUGACGAGAUCGAGGCAAUGAUUUGUGAGGCCAACAAGUUCUUCCAAAAAUCAAUCCGGGAAGGGUUGAAAGAUCCGUCCAUUAUUAGCUAUGCCAACAACAUUGAUUGGACAUACAACUCAGUGGAUCAGUUUUCAGCCGUUGUGACGUUCACAUUGCUCUCGCUUUAUGGAGAUGGAUCCCAUGUCCGCGGGAACGACAUUUUCACCAUCAUGGAAGGAGCGGAUGUACAGUUCCUGACGGAAAAGUACAUCCUGAACGCUGUCCCAUUGGAGCAAAAUGUCUUCUACUUUUCCAAGAAUCUAUUCUUCAGUGGCAGCCUUGGCAAGGAUAUAAAAGCAUCAAAGAUUCCCAAUGGAGUCAAAUGCAAAAAGAAGGAUGACAGGAGAAUGGCGACGUUCUCUAUACAAAUUGGAUAUGAUUCUCGGACAGGUGUGCCCACAGAGCAAGAUGUCAAGGGUUUUAUCUGCCAAAACAAUCUAUACUUUGAAAAGCGUCUACGCGAAAAGCUGAAGGACAAGUCUAUCAACUCCCAUGCCAUCAACAUCGACUGGUCCUAUAUCCCAGGAUCAGACUACCCGUCAGUGGUAAAUUUCACAUCCUUCACAACCUAUGGAAACGGGGAACUUAUUCCUGGCAAGCAGGUUUACGACAUCAUGGCAGUGAUAGACGUGGAUGAUUACGUUCGACACUUCAUUUGGAACUCUGAGCCCUACGACAUCAAUAUCUUCUAUGACACUAGAAAGGUUAUAUUCGGAGGACGGGUCAACGGCGAAGUGAAGCAGGGGAAGCUCGACAAGGUUGUUUGUACUCCGCCGGGGUUGGCAAGUGGUAGUCCAAAUGUGACAACGGCAUCGGGUCCCAAAUCGGGCGAGGAAGCAACCUUGCGUGUGGAAUCAGAGAACUCUAACCACGUAUCUCACCUGCUCCCCCACUCAUGAUGUCAAAAAGAGCAAUCAUAGCCUGAAUUUCUUAGCAAAAAACCCGCAUCUCUAUUGCCCUAGUGCCAACAAAACUAUUUCUCAUACUCAAACCAUGUUCUUCAUGCAGACCCGCAUCUCUAGUGCCAACAAAACUAUUUCUCAUACUCAAAUGAUGUUCUUCAUGCAGACCCACAUCUCUAUUGCCCUAGCUAGUGAAAGCUACCCAUUUUCUGUCUCUGUGGAUCCCGCAACGCCAAACCCUUUGGCCCCCCUAAUGGUCCUCAAUUUCUUGCCCCUGAUCCCACAGAACUUAAUCCUAAAUUUCGACUCUUCUUUGCUUUAAGUUUGGCCCUGGCUGGCUUCUGUAGAUAAUCUCCCUACUCUAACCCCCCCCCCCUCCCCCCAGAGGUGGCAACUCUGGUUGUUGGACUUUAUCACCCCCCAGGACCGUCCGACGGUUUUCCCUCAGGUUUUAAAAAAACUCAAAAUUUUGCAGUUGAAACAUUCCCUUAAACAUUCCCUUAAAACAUUCCCUUAAAUCCUUAACAUUCCCUUAACAUUCC